AUGGGCGCCUUGACGGUUUUAAAGAUGCCCACAGAACAUUGGGAUGCCUUAAUCUGUCAUAUUGUGACAGGCCACGCAACUAAAAACUGUAGGUCGUCUGGAUGUAGAAAAUGUGGACAAUUCCAUCAUACCCUUCUACAUUUCAACGGAACCGAUUCUGGGACUGUACAAACCAAUAAUAAUAACACAUCCACCUCUUCUUAUUCCAACAGCACUGAGACUGACUUAAAAGACGUAGCCACAACCUCUUUGUCUACACAUGUGAUGCACACUCCUCUUAUAUACUCACCUUGUAGUUUAGUGGUAAAUGAAAAACGUAAUUCAAAUUCUGUAUUAUUAUCCACUGCUAUCAUCAAAGUUUUUGACACUACAGAUAAGUCACACUUGUGUAGAGUACUCCUAGACAGUGGAAGCCAAUCCAAUUUCAUUUCAGAAAGACUUUGCAACUUGUUACAACUUCCUAUUGAAAAUAUUAAACAUUCUAUCACUGGUAUCAGUCAGAAAAUUGAAACCAUAAAUUCUAGAGUUUUUGCUAAAGUCCAAUCCAAUUUUUCUAACUUUGAGGCGAAUAUAUCGUGUCUUGUACUUAAAUCUAUAACUGGAAAUAUUCCAGCUAUAUCCUUUGACUCCAGUUUAUUGCAUAUUCCCAAAAAUAUUGCAUUGGCUGACCCCGAUUUCAGCUCUGCAAAACCUAUUGACUUACUGCUCGGAGCAGACAUUUUCUGGGAACUGAUCCAUAUUGGUCAAAUAAAAUUGGGUCGAGGACUUCCAGUUUUGCAAAAGACACAUUUUGGAUGGAUUAUUUCUGGUCCUUUACAAACUAAUCUUAGUUCAAGCCUUUGCUCAAAGACACAGUGCUUUUUUACAACUUCAAUUGACAAUCAGCUAACUAAAUUUUGGGAAGUAGAGGAAUUUCCUAAAACUAAAUACUUAUCACCAGAGGAAACCUUUUGCGAGGAACAUUUCUCUCAGCACAUUUCUAGAGCCCCUAAUGGUAAAUUUGUAGUACAUCUUCCUCUUAAGGACUCCAUUGAUCGUCUUGGGGACUCGAAGUUGACAGCUACAAGUCGUUUUUUAAAUCUUGAAGGGAAACUGAAUAAAAGCCCUGAUUUAAAACGUACUUAUCAAGAUUUUAUAACAGAAUAUGAAGAACUCGGUCACAUGACCCUAUCUGAGAAUCAAAAUGAUACUUCUGGGUAUUUUUUACCGCACCACUGUGUGCUUAAAUUAAGCUCCACUACAACUAAACUACGGGUCGUUUUCGAUGCUUCCUUUCUCAGUGGUGACAUUGAAAAAAUGUAUCGACAGGUCUAUGUAGCCCCUGAAUGUCGUAAACUUCAGAGAAUUCUUUGGCGUGCUAAUAUUAAUGAGCCGAUUUUAACUUACGAUUUGUCCACCGUUACAUACGGUACAGCCUCUGCUGCAUUUCUGGCUACUAGAUCUUUGCAGGAAGUAGGUAAAAUACAUGCUAAAGACUGUCCAAGGAUUUCUAACAUAAUACAGCGUGAUUUUCACGUUGAUGAUCUUUUAACCGGCGCACAAACAGUCGAUAAACUUAGACAAAUUAAAGAAGACAUCCAUGAUCUUCUUAUGAAGACACAACUUGUGGAAUUGAAUAAUCUUAAAAUACCAAGACUAACUCUUUGCGGUAAUCCUAUUGAGCUGCAAUUACAUGGCUUCUCUGAUGCUGCGGAGCCAGGUUAUGGUGCCUGCGUGUACCUUUGUUCAAAGGAUUCGUUAGGCAAUUUUUCGUCUAAACUACUCUGUGCAAAAACUAGAGUCUCUCCACUUAAAGAAUUGACUAUUCCUAGGCUCGAGCUUUGUGCAGCAUUACUCUUAGCAGAACUAGCUAAAACUGUGUUAGCUUCAAUACCCUCUACUUUGGACUCGAAGCACUACUGGUGUGACUCUACAAUAGUACUUGCCUGGAUUAGAUCAUCUCCUCAUCGUCUAAAGACAUUUAUUGCUAAUCGAAUAGCUCAAAUUCAAUCCAUAACUAAUAUUGAUGAAUGGAGAUAUAUUAGAACCGCAGACAAUCCAGCUGAUCUACUUACUAGAGGAAUUCCACCUUUAAGCUUGUUAAAUUCUACUUUAUGGUUUUAUGGACCUCCUUGGCUCACUGAAGAUGAGUGGCCAACCGACAUAGUAGAUUUAUCAAAUAUUGAUACUCCUGAAUUACGAAAUGUCACUUCUUUUCAUGUGUCAAUCGAAAAACAUACCAAUAAUGACUUACUUACUUUAAUUGACAAAUUUUCUAAUCUAACUAAACUGGUUCGUACUUUUGCCUUUGUGCUACGCUUUAAAAACAUCCUUAAAUUAAAAUCUAAAUCUGACUUUUUUAAUAGAGAGCUUUCAACUCUGGAAAUUGAGAAUUCUUUGAAUACACUUGUCAGCUUGGUACAAGCUUCGACAUUUUCUGAAGAAUUUAAAGCACUGAAGAAUAAUAAUAAGGUCUUUAAUAAAUCCAAAUUCCUUACCUUGAAUCCCUUCUUUGACCACACUCUUAAUCUUAUUCGAGUUGGGGGUCGUUUGCAACAAUCUAAUUAUGAAUAUCAAAAGAAACACCCUAUAGUUUUACCCCCUAAACAUAGACUUUCACUUUUGAUCGCACAUUCUGAACAUAUUAAGCUACUUCAUGCUGGUCCACAACUUACAUUGGCAUCACUUCGUGAAAGCUUCUGGCCAAUCAAUGGCAGGAACUUAAUUAAAAAGGUUUACCAUGAAUGUUUAACUUGUUUUCGAUUUGUUGCAAAAUCGACAAAGUACCUUAUGGGUAAUUUACCCAAGACACGAAUUACACCCUCUAGACCCUUUUCUGUGUCCGGUGUUGACUACGCAGGGCCCUUCUCCCUUAGGGAUCGCACAGGACGUAAUUUUAGAACUAACAAGGCAUACAUAGCAUUCUUUGUGUGUUUUGCUACCAAGGCUAUUCACCUAGAGCUAGUAAGUGAUCUUACUAGCGAAUGUUUCUUAGCCGCUUUGUACAGAUUCAUGUCACGAAGAGGCAAGUGCAUACAAAUUUAUUCUGAUCAAGGGACAACAUUCGUGGGUGCAUUAAAUGAAUUAAAUGCGUUUCUCAAAGAACACUCUUCUACUAUUUCAGAUAAAUUAGCAAAUCAAGGUAAACAAUGGAAUUUUAUACCGCCUCGCGCUCCACACUUUGGUGGGCUUUGGGAGUCCAGCGUUAAAUCGGUAAAGUAUCAUCUUAAGCGUGUAGUUGGUAGUUUAUCAUUAACUUUUGAAGAUUUUUCUACAAUAAUUACUCAAAUAAAAGCCUGUUUAAACUCCAGACCCUUAUGUCCUCUUUCUGAUAAUCCGAAUGAUCCAAAUCCUCUCACUCCUGCGCACUUUCUUAUUGGUGAACCAUUGACGACGUGCCCACAAGUUGAUCUACUGGGAGUAGCAGAGAACAGACUAUCAAAAUACCAACAUAGGCAACAAAUGGUGCAACAUUUUUGGUCUCGUUGGGGUCAAGGAAUGCAUUGCAGAACUCCAGAUACGUACGAAAUGGAAGCAGAAUUACCCGCAGCUCCUGAAACUAGGCGUUCUUGUGCUCAUCAUGGAGGAUGGAUUACCACCAUUAAAAUGGCGAACUGGCCGAGUGGUACAAAUAUUUCCUGGAGGAGAUGGUAUUAUCCGAACAGUAUUAGUGAGGACUGCUGCUGGCGAGUAUAA